CCCCCGGGACUCGUAACCGAAGCCGCACAGCGGCCAAGGCACACGUUCCCCACGUCCCCUCGAGUCCCCGUCCCAUUUGGCCGUUUUCGCCUCGGCCUCGUCGUGGGAGCACCGGAGCAGCGAGCGAGAGAGAGCGGGGGAAAGUUUGUGGUUUUGGCGUUGCGGUUGCGGUUGCGGCGUCGAUGGGGGCAUCGGGCAAGUGGAUCCGGGCGCUGGUCGGCCUACCCGGCGGCGCGGGCGCGGGGAAGGGCCGGAAGUGGAGCCGCCUGUGGCGAAGCUCUUCCUCACAGCGUGGGAGCAGCGCACCGCCGUCGGAGGCGCCGUCCGAGGCCGACGCGCUCAUCAGCAGCUCCCUCGUCGCGGCGGUCGUGCGCGCGCCGCCCAGGGACUUCCGCGUCAUCCGGCAGGAAUGGGCCGCCGUCCGCAUCCAGACCGCCUUCCGCGCCUUCCUGGCGCGGAGGGCGUUGAGGGCGCUGCGGGGGAUCGUGCGGCUGCAGGCGCUCGUGCGCGGCCGCCGCGUGCGCAAGCAGCUCGCCGUCACGCUCAAGUGCAUGAACGCGCUCGUGCGGGUGCAGGAGCGCGCCCGGGACCGACGCGCCAGGAUCUCCGCGGACGGCCGCGACUCGCAGGACGUCCUCGACGAGCGAACCGGACGCGCCGAUCCCGUCAAGGAAGCAGAGGCUGGAUGGUGUAAUAGUCAAGGCACUGUGGACGACUUAAAAUCAAAGAUGCACAUGAGGCACGAGGGGGCAGUAAAGAGAGAAAGGGCAAUUGCAUAUGCUCUCUCUCACCAGCGGAGUUCAAGCCACAGUGGGAGGCCUAGCUCUCCAGCUGCAUCUCUCAGAAAUCAUGGAACUAACAGAAACAAUCACAACUGGAGCUAUUUUGAAGGGUGGAUGGCAACAAAACCGUGGGAGAGCCGCCUUAUGGAGCAAAACCAUACUGAACAGUCCACCAAUUCUCGGUGUUCAGAGAGCAUUGAGGACAUGAAUGCAGUUAGCUCAAAGCUUGCAGAUGUAAGCUCAGUCAAGAUCAGAAGAAACAAUAUGACAACUAGGGUGGCAGCUAGACCUCCUUCCACAAUCUCAGCUUCUUCUUCAGAUUUUGUUUGUGAUGCAAGCUCUCCAUCAACUUCCUCGGUCACCCCAGUGUCUGGCACCAAUUUCCUAACUUCGGAGAGAAGAUCUGAUUGUGGACAUGGAGGUGGACCGAACUACAUGAACUGGACCAAGUCGGCUAAAGCGAAGUUGAAUGGUUCUGGCACACAUAAGCCGCCGCUUCAAAGGCAACGGUCCUCUGAUCUGCCCUGUAACAGCAGGACGGCGUUAUCUUCUGUAGACGUUCAAAGCACCGCUGGCUCAGAGGUUUCAGUUACUUCAAAGAGGUUGAACAGUUUGACUCUGAGAGGUCGAGGCACUAGAAGAAGUUUGGACAAGGAGAAUGAUGGCCAGCCUGUUGCCUUGUUUUAGAACUUAGGCCUACUUAUUUCCAUAAUGCUAUACUUUAGGCAUAUUGAUGUUGACUUGUAUGUAUGCUCUGAUUUCAAUGCCUCGUUGCUCAUUUUGGCACCA